AUGCCUAAGACGUGUACAUUUAUUCUCCGGAGCACCCUCAUGCACCACCGCAAGGGGGUCAACCAGGUCAUCAAGACUAGGGACGGGUACCUGAUGUCUGUGGGAGAUGACAAGCUGCUAGCAGUCAUGAUCUGGAAUGCCUCUAGCAAACUCUAUGAAGUUAUUGCUAAGGCCACAUGCACCAACAAGGCAAAGACAGUGGAGUACGACUACACACGUCGAAGAAUAUAUGUGGGUUGCUUUCUUGGAACGGUGGACAUCUUCGAGUUAACUCCUACUCUGGAGCUCAGGCGCCGGUCGAGUAACAAAUGGCACACCCGCGAGUGCUCGUCCAUUCUCUAUUUGCCCCAUCACGACAUGAUAAUCACUGCAGGCUUCGACCGGCGGCUACUAUUCUAUGACUGUGUAUCUAACAAGGUUCUCUGUAGCUACACAGUUGCAUCGGAGUUUAUACGGCACAUUUACUACGACGAUGUCGGGGGGAAGCUCUAUUUGGGUACUCACGAGGGUCUCGGAAUACCUGUCUUCAAUCUGGAAGAGCCUCGACAGGUAGUCAAUGCGCCUCCCGUACUCGCGUUUCGCUUAGGAAAUGAUAAGAAGGCCCCGAACCAUGGGUCUCCUAUUCGCUGGAUAGAUUUCCACCCUGUUUCCCGGUAUAUAUUUACCUGUGACCACUCUGGAAAGAUUCUCAUCUUUCAGGCAGGGGAGCCAGGGAAUGAAGUCCCUCAGCCCCCUAUUGGCCAGCUCGUGGGUCACAAAGGCAACAAGAUACGGUGCGUUCUCUGGAGCGACAGUUCUAAACUACUCUAUAGCUGUGGCAAAGACAUGUCGGUCUGUGUGUGGGACGUCCUUUGCUCUGCCGCUAUCGGAUCUUUCCAUACUCACACGGACGAGGUGAUGGGCAUGCUAUUUAUGGAUCAGGAUCUCCAUCACGUCACAUCCCUCUAUGACCCCGGAAAGGUAUCCUCCACCCUUCUUCUAACAUGGGGUAAAGAUGCAUGUAUCAAGCUGUGGAAUGUUGUAAUAAACUGA